AUGCAAUCAUCUGUUUUCAUCUACUUGUGUUUUUUAAUCGUAAAACUCCAAAUGCAACCAAUUUCUUCCAGCAGAUCAGGCCUAGGUUAGCUUUAAAAAGUUUCACCUAGAAAAACUUGUUCUAAAGUUUUCAGGAAUACUUGAUAUAAGUGAAACAAAUCCAACUGGUCGAAGACGUUUUGAAGAAGUUAUUCGACUUGAUUGUGCAUCUCAAAGACAAAAGGCAAGACUUCGUCAAAGUUCAGGAGAUUCUAAAAUAUAUGUGCCAGUUUGUUCAACAAGAAAUCCUUUGUAAGUAUUUUUUUAAAUAAAAAACACAAGUUCCAAUAACUUCUUCAGAUAUUAUGAACGUGUUCAAUGUCAUGAAAUAUCGAAUUAUUGUUGGUGUGUUGAUGAAGUGUCCGGAGAACCAAAAAUCGGAACCAACACAUUUCAUGGGAAGCCAAAAUGUCCAGAAGUGACUACUGUAAUUAUUGAGACUAGAAAAAAUAAAAAGAAGAAUCGAUGUAAAGCUAACAGAAGACAACGAUUUUUGAGAAGACUUAUUGCAACUAUUAAAACUGAAAUGAUUUUGGGAAGUGAGUUUUUCUUUGAACAUUUCUUUAACCAAAAAAAUAAAAUAAAAAAAAUUGUAGAUGGAACGUCUAAAAUUGGUCGAGAUACAGCAAUUCGAUGGAAAUUCAAUCAAUUGGAUAAAAAUAAUAAUGGUGUACUUGAACGAAUCGAGUGGAAACCAUAUAAAUCAAUAUUAUUAGAAUGGAAAAAUGCGCGACAUUGUUCGCGAAACUUUUUCAAAACCUGCGAUUUGGAUCGAAAUCGCAAAUUGAGCUCUGAUGAAUGGGUAAAAUGUAUAGUUCAAGAAGUGAAUCGAGUUCCUGCGAAACGGCCAGAUCAACUGAAUCCAUUUUUGUACAUUCUUAAACCUGAGUGA